AUGGCUACUGGCGAGCAAAAGCGUAGUGGACUAAUCCCCAUUGCCCCAGCUCCCACUACCCAGAAUGGAGGCUCAUUUCAGUCUGAGAUGUCCCCCAACGCAUGCCAUACCUGCGCGAAGCGAAAAGUCAAAUGCGACAAGGUGGCACCGAUUUGCUCUAGAUGCCGCAAGGGCGGGUUCCAGUGUAUCUACCAAGCACCGCAACCACGACCUCGAAAAAGAAAAGUACUAGGCGAUGAUGUUUUACAUAGACUCGCCCGAUAUGAGCGCAUUCUGCAGCAGCAUGGCCUAUUGGAUUCUGAGAUAUCGCCUCUCGAAGACAUCUCAGUCGGUCAUGUCAAGCCUAGCGCCUCAAAAGCUGGUGACCUUUUAACCGGCCAGGGGAGAUUGCAGCAUAUCGACUGUCACACGUGGCACAACCUCAGUGACGAUGAGACUCGGCAUAUUUCCGAUUAUGAAGAAGAGGAUGAGAUGACCCCCAACGAUGCCAGUGUCGCCGGGGUUAUCACACCUGAUCCGUUAACGGGUGCGUUCCUCGGCGUCCAGCAAAGCCUUCUUCAGUAUCAUCCAAGCCAUGCGGAUGCUAUGGUGAUGUGGAUGACGUAUACAGAAAAUGUAGAACCUCUAUGCAAAGUGCUACACGUUCCAUCGACAGACGAAAUGGUCAGGUCUAUUUCGCAGCGACCCGAAACCGCGUCGGAAACCGAUGAGUGUCUAUUAUUUGCAAUCUACUACGCCGCUAUCUUUUCAAUAACAGAAGAGGAAUGCUUAAAGCGCCUGGGACAUGCGCGGUCUAUUCUCAUGGAGCAACUUCACUUUGCUGCAAGGCAGGCACUCGUGAAUGCGUCUUUCCUCAAGACAACAUCGAUUACGGUCUUACAGGCUCUCCAUCUAUUUCUCCUGUCUAGCCGUCAGGUGUACGAUCCGCACACAUACUGGAUUCUAACAGGAAUUUCGGCCCGUAUAGGGCAACGUAUCGGUCUCCAUCAGGAUGGAGAAAAGCUGGGCUUGCCACCCUUUGACGUGGAGCUGAGACGACGGCUGUUUUAUCAGGUUUUCCCGCACGAUUGCCGAGUUAGCCAAUUUGCCGGUAUUGACUUUGUCAGUCUGCCUGCAGCCUGGGAUACAAAACCUCCCCUCAAUAUCAACGAUAACCAGAUUUGGCCUGGAAUGACAGAAAGUCCCGUCGAGCAAAAAUCUGCAACCGAUAUGAUAUUCUGCCUGUCGCGUAUAUACGUUGGGAGAAGUCUGGCCAAGUUGGGAAAACCAAUUGACAGCGCAGCACCUUGGGCCCUUCCAGAUAACCAUGAGGCGGAAAAGGUUAUAAGUGCAGCAGAAAACGAAGUAGAGGAGAGGUUCAUCCGCUACUGCGAUAUCGUCGAUCCGCUGCAUUUUCUCACUGUCGGUCUUGCUCGGUCGGGAACGACAGCUAUGCGCCUCAAGAUCCGUCUCUCCAAGAUCAGGGGCCAGAAUGCCACUGAUGAAGAGCGGGUCCAUCUAUUCAUGCUUGCCCAGAAGACGCUGGAUACCGAUGCGGCGAUUCAUGGUCAUGGCGGGAUCAGUAGAUUCCAGUGGCACAUUAAACCGUUCUUUUUCUGGGGUACGCGAGAUUCAUUUAUCUACGUGCUGACUAUGUUAUUGAAAAGAUGUGAUUUGCUUUCCCCUGGAGAAAUCGAAGCUGCUUGGAACAGUAUAGAACAACUCUACCAACAUCACGAUGAGCUUUUCAACGGCAAGCAGGCUCUGAAUGUGGCACUUCGGCGUCUUUCUCUGAAGGCCUGGGAUUCCUACAAAAAGACCAGCAGUGCUCCAGAGCCAGACUUCAUCAGUACCCUGCGAUCUUUACGGGAGAGACGAGAGAAGAGACAGAAUCAGCGAGGCAUAUUGAUAUAUCCAACACUCGACGCGACACUCUCAACAGGUCCUUCCCCCGCAAGUGACAUCAAUACAUCUCUCGGCAGUCUGUCGGAUACCAUUGGCCUCGAUAUUGGCCAACAUGUCAAUUUUGAUGUGGACGACUGGCUAUUUUGGGAUCAGUUAAUACAAGGUCAGCAAGGGCAGUACUAG